UGUUCGGAAGCUCCAACUCUUGUUCAAUAUUUUCAGGACGCCUGAGCUGUAUGAGGCCACGUACACUCAUUACUCAAGACGUCACAGGCUCUCACAUAACACAGGCCUUCAGCUGGAUGAGUCCUCUCUCCCUCAGUAACGAACAGUACACGAUCGAGAUAACGUGACGGAAUGUCUCUGACAGUGGAACAAAGGCCUCUUCAUGUACCUCCUCUGGAGGAGGUAGCAGUUGUGUUACAGGAUGCACUGUGCAUGAAUUUUGAUGAAGUAGUUGUGUCGGUCGUUGAGUGUCCUGAUCUAAGGAACAAGCCAUACUGUUUGAAAGGCAGAGGCUUAUGUGGAUCCCCCAGACUAGGCGACGUAGGUGGUGUACCGAAUUUGAUACCUGAAGUGAAAAUGGACAAAGUGUAUGACAUCAAGAAAUUGGCAGUAUCUGUAGACUUGCCAAAUGCAUUCAUAGUGGGAGCAGGAGCUGGCCCACAUAACUUUGUUGGAGUCAAUAGUGAGCUGAUGGCAAACGUUAAGAUGGGCGAAAACCCAUCAAAUGGAUCCCUCAUUUCAAAGAUAGAUGCUGCUGGAAAUUACAAACUGAUGGAUUUACCAGAUUCUGAAACUAGAUGUGCUUUGAUGUUGAACAUGUUUGCGAGCGAAGGCCAAGCAGGCAAAGUUCUCAAGAUAUGGGCGAAGAAGCGUACUGGUGACACCAACUUUGUGACCUGCCUGCGACAAGCCCUGGAAAACCAUUUCCGUGAGAAACCAGUGGGACUAGGAGGAACAUUCCGUUUGGUAAAGGGUCACGCCAAAUGUCACGUCAUGCCGGACUUUCCCUCGGCACCCCUGACCUGUGAUGAGGACGUCAACAAAUGGUUAUGUUUCUUCGAUAUGCCGGCGCCCAUGGUGUUCCUGUCGACUUUAAUCUCGAAAGAUCCAGGGCUGGACCUUCGCGUUGAGCAUUCUCACGGGUACGGUGACGACUGUGGUGGGCAUUACCACUAUGACACUACUCCAGACACAGUAGAGUACGAAGCCUUCUAUAAUGUGGCAGAGUUUAUAUACCGAGUGGACAGACCUAAAGUCACCCACGACUUUGGUAGAAACUAGAUUUUGUUAUUUUACUUUACAAUUGUAAAAUUGUAACUCCAGGAAAUUUAGGUUAUUUCCUUUCAAGGUUUUCUUUUCAUCUUGUGCCCAUCCCAGUUUCCUCAUUCAGCUGCUGCAUUGAUUUGGUCGGCGCUGAUUUGCAUAAAGUCUCUUUUUGUGCUGUUAGGAUUUAUUGUCUACAGUACAUAUUUAUUGUAUAAGCAUAUUGACUUCAAAUUCAGAUUAUUAAGUGAAGGGAAUGAUAGAUUCACAAAUGCAUUUGUGCAGUUGGUGGUAAGAGUGCAAUUCUUGUUUUCAAUUUUGUUUUAUAUUGUACUAUACUGUAAGAGAAAUUAUUUACCAAUUAGUAAAAUGCCCUGAAUGAAAUUACAGCAAAUU